AUGGCUGGGUUUGGUGAAUAUUCUGGAUACAAUAGGCCCUUUGGUCUGGAUCCUAAUAGGGAAACCAACGACUUGUAUGAUACUCGAUAUCAGCAAAUUUAUGGCUAUCAUACUCCUGUUACCGAAGAGUUUCAAGGACCACCUUUGGUUAUGGAUGACGUUCCAGAAGAAGAUAGCAAUGCUUAUGUGACAACAGCUAUUAGUGUAGCAAGUUUGAUAACUGAAAAUUUAUUAAGUCAUCCAUUUAUUGUGUUGAGAAGACAGUGUCAGGUCCACAAUAGUUUAAAAAACUAUCACAUAGUACCCUACACUUUGUUGCCUGUAGUGGCUAGACUGCACAGACGACAGGAUGUCACAACUUUAUGGAAAGGCAUUGGCUCAACUUGCAUAGUUAAAGGACUCAACCUGGCUGUUGAGGAUGUUGUGUCUAAAGGCACAGGGUGGCCCAAGGAAAUUGGCAAAUGUAGUUCUGUUUUGCAGUUUCUUCAACAUAUAACAGUGAAAUGUGUAAGUUUAGCAAUAAUCACACCAUUCUACUCAGCUAGUUUAGUAGAAACAGUACAAAGUGAUAUUGCAAGUGACAAACCAGCCUUAUUGGAUGUGUUUAGAGAAGGAUUUAUGCGUAUAUUGGAGUGGGGUACUCCAAGCAGAGGCAGAAUGUUGCCAAUAUGGGCCAUUGUGUUGCCAACUGUUGCUCUUGGCAUUACCAAAUAUCUUACACACAUAACUUUGAAGAGCAUAACAGAAAAAAUUCUUCGUUUCCAACAAAGGCAUAAACAUGAACUCAGUGACUCAUACAACAUAAACUACAGCAAGAAUUCCCCAAACCCCCUGCUAGAAGAUAUCAGCUUGAAAGCAAAUAUAUUCUCGUUUAUUUCUAUGGAGAUCUUAUUUUUUCCAGUUGAAACUAUCAUUCAUAGGCUUCAUAUACAGGGAACUAGAACAAUAGUAGACAACCUAGAUACUGGCACAUCUGUCAUACCUAUUUUGACUGGUUAUGAGGGAUUUAUGGAUUGCUACAACAGUACAGUAGCCAAGGAGGGUGUGGCAGGUCUAUACAAAGGUUUUGGUGCAUUAGUAUUGCAGUUAGCAGCACAUUUGGCAAUUAUAAAACUAACCACUUUGGUUGUUAAUGAAAUCUCUAAUCUCUUAAAACCGGCCAAGUCACCAACAAACUCGGAUGACUCACAACAAAAAUAUAUAUUUAAUUAG